AUGACGGAAAAGGACGCUGAGCUGAUGGAAAAGAAUGAAACUGGCAAUGGAAUGGCAACCGCAUGUGGAAGUACUGUCAAACUAAAAAGAGAACUAGGCUUGUUCUCCGCAGUCAACUUGAUACUUGGUGUAAUGAUUGGAUCAGGAAUUUUUGUGUCACCAUCAUCAGCGCUCGAACACUCAGGAUCAGUAGCCCUAUGUCUAAUAAUAUGGACAGUUUCCGGAAUAAUAUCCUUAUUAGGAGCUUUAUCAUUUGCUGAACUAGGAACUGUAGUUGGUAAAUCCGGAGCUGAAUACUCGUAUUUCCAAGAAGCAUUUGGAGGUAUACACAAAUUUUGGGGACCAUUGCCAUCAUUUAUAUGUGCAUGGAUUUAUGUCGUUAUUUUGAGGCCCGCAGAAGUUGCCAUAAUCGUUAUGACAUUUGCCGAAUACGCAAUUCAACCUUUUACACCAAAUAUAGACCCAGAAUAUAAGGAAAUUGCUAUCAAAUUAGCAUCUAUAUCUGCAUUAUUUAUUAUGACAUACAUUAACAUAACUAGUGUGAAGCUGUUUGUAAAAGUACAGAAUAUAUUUGGAGUGUGUAAAGUGUUCGCCUGUCUCAUCGUUAUUGGAGGAGGAAUCUAUGAGAUUUGUCAAGGUAACACAGAGCACUUGAACAAAGGUUUCGAAGGCAGCUCCUUUAGCCCGGGAGGUAUUGCCCUAGCACUGUAUUCUGGACUAUGGGCUUAUGACGGAUGGAACAGUGUUACUGUUGUCACUGAAGAGAUCAUUAACCCUGGAGUUAAUGUACCUCUCAGUAUAUCAAUCGCGGUGCCCCUUAUAACAGCACUCUACGUUUUCAUGAACGUAGCCUACAUGACAGUACUAAGUUACGCGGAUAUGACGUCAGUACCAGCCGUGGCCGUGGCCUUUGGGACGAGGGUACUUGGACCAGCCAGUUUUCUCAUACCGCUCGGCGUUGCCAUAGCAACCUUUGGUUGUGCUAUGAGUGUGCAGUUUGGUGUUACCAGAGUAUGUUACACGGCUGCACGAGGAGGCCACAUGUUAGAAGUGUUCUCCUACGUCAAUGUAAAGAGACUGACGCCUGCCCCUGCAGUAGCAUUCCAAGCUAUACUAACAACAAUAUUUAUAGCAGUUGGCAACAUUAAAACUUUAAUAGAGUUCGCCAGUUGGUUCCUGUGGUUCUUCUAUGGACUUGCAAUGGUCGCUUUAUUAGUUCUACGAAAGACUCAAGCAACUAAACCACGACCUUAUAGAGUACCAACUAUUGUGCCUUGUUUUGUAUUGGUAGUGGCAAUAUUCCUCUCAGUGUUGCCAAUUGUACACGACCCGUCACUCAAGUAUUUAAUGGCUGUGGGCUUCAUAGUGAUGGGCGCCACCGUCUACACUGUAUUCGUAUAUUAUAAGAAAACUCCGACUGCUAUUUUAAGAAAAUUCACAUUCCUGACUCAAGUCCUAUUCGAAAGUGUGCCGCCCAGCGAUCGUCAUCAAGACUGA